AUGGCGGGUGCAUAUGGCACGUGCUCUUCUGCGGCGUCUGUCGCCGGUCCACGUCUUCACACAGGCGCGAAGCCAGAGGACCUACCUGGCGAUGGACGUUGGGAAAGGCUGCCCCCAGCUGCUGCUAGUUGUUUGGCCAGCAAUUUCAGUCUGACGGAAUUGCAUGAGUCUUGGCAGACGAGCCGGCAGUGGCAGCGAAUCUUGUGGUCGCCUUUGAUGGAGUCGGAGUUGUGGACGCGUGACGUGGGAGCUCGGCGGAGGAGCCGGACCUGGAGAGUCCUGCUGCUGGACGGGUUGAACACCAAGGUGUCCUUUGAUUUCAGCAUCUCUCUUCAAGCUCCAUGCCCCUACGAUGCCGUGAUCCGGCGCGACUUGGCGCGCACGUUGCCCUCGGAGGAGCUCUUCCGAGAGAAAGACGGCAAAGGGCAGCAAUCCUUGUUCCGCAUCCUGCGUGCUUUGGCCGUGCACUUGUGGGACAUUGGCUAUGUUCAAAGCCUAAACUUUGUAGUCGCAACGCUGAUCGUUGUUCUAGCAGAAGAGCCAGAGGAUGUCGUCUUCCGCUGUGCUCAAGCACUUCUUUUCCGCCAUUCUCUGGCUGACUUCUACAGGCCGCGCUUCCCGAAGUUGGGCGUGACGGUCUGGCAAUUUGACCGCAUCGUGGAAGCCUUCCUCCCGGAUGUGCAUGCAGUUCUCCAGGUCAACGGAGUUACAGCUGAGUACUACGCGAUGCAGUGGUUCCUGACCCUGUUUGCUAGUGACCUGCCGCAGCGCGCUGUUCAUCGAAUCUGGGACAGGUUUCUGGUCGCCGGCUGGCAGGUCAUCGUGCAGGUGGGCUUAGCACUGCUGAAGCAGAUUGCAGAUGUGCUGCAAUCCCUCGAUGCCUGUGAGACCCUGACCUUCCUGAAGAAGUUUGUGCGAAUGCGACGCUUUGAGCCGGAAGUGCUACUUGCUGACGCACAGCAAUUUGAGGUGUCUCACCGGAUGCUCUCGGAAUUGGAGGCUGCAUACAACUGGCAGUCUGAAGAUCUUGAGCCCAAGCUUGUGCUGUGGUGGGAAGGAGAGAAGCUCUGCUGGGAAGUGAAACGUGUCCAAAGCGGGCAGAAGCACCAGGGAGUGGAGACCGGCCGGCGCGCAGGUGAAAAGACCGGCCAGGCCAAUCUCCUUCCAUUUCUGCUGCACAACCUUGACACGGGAGAAACCUCCGUCCUCGAAGAGGAGUGGAAUACGUACUUGGACGAGCGCAAGGCUCCCGACGAUCCGGGUCCCGAUGCGCUCUCCCAGUGCAAGCUGGACUGCCAAUCACCGCAGAGGUUGCUCCGCGGCCGGGUCCACCGACGGGAGUGGGUGGUAGCCAUUGGCUUGCAGGGCGUCAGCGUCCGCGUAAGAUGGCGACGUGGCGGCGUGGCUUGGCCAAUGGCCUUGCAGUCUCACCAGCCGUGGCCCGUUCUCGCGGAGCUCCCGAGCGGGGAGCUGCCGGACAUCGAUUGCUUGGACGUGCAAAGUUCGCAUGUGGACUGGACCAGUAUCAGGUACCAUGCCUGGGAGUUUGAUGCCCACUGGCAGGCUCCCCGUCCGGCAGUGCUGGCACAGUCGGACGGCCUGGACUUGGACUGCCACGGCGUUGGCGCAGAUACCCCUGGUCAGAGGGCAGCAAAGAAGUCCAGCAAAGGUGCUCAAGCAAAAGAGGAUGAGCUGAAGAAGAAAGAGAAGAAACAGAAAGAGAGUAAACACAAGGACAACAAGGAGAACAAAGAGAACAGGGAGAAGAAGGAGAAGAAGGAGAAGGACAAGAAGGAACAUAAGGGCAAAAGAGAGAAGAACAAGGCGAAGAAGGACAAGAAGCGGAAGCACAACCUGGAGAAAGAUCCGGACACCCUUGCUACAGGCGAGGACGAGCUGGACCGUCUCGGAGAUGGAGCCGAUGGAUCAGGUGACGAGGAAGCCAAUCUGUGGGAUUCCAUCGGAGCAGAACUGCCGGAGAAAGCUGUCGUGGAGACCCCAGCGGCUGCCACUGCAGGUGUUGCCACCGUGUCCGUGGCAACACCCGACCCCACGGCGGAGGCCCAAACAGUGAAAGGCGACUAUGUCAUUCAGGUGGAUGCGGAGUUGCGACAGACGAUGGCGGAGAAGGUGAAGAUCAUUGAACACAUCGUGGAGGGAACUCAGCUGGUGCUGGAAGCUGGCGCUUUGCAGAUCUUUGGCCCGCCAGAGGCUCAAACUCAAGCCAACCACUGUGCCAACGCAGUGCUCAAGAAUCGAGUGCAUGAAGGAUGCGCGGACGUCUCCACAGUGCACGUGUUGCCAGAGUGGGUAGACGCAUGGGAUGGGCAAAAGGCCUUGGAAGAAGAGCUCAAUGUGCUCAUUGUCUUUGAACGGCUGUCAGGACGGGGAGCGUUUCCCUUGGGGCAGCUGGCUGGCUUGCCCUGGGUGAAGUGGAGCCGAACAGGUGAGGAAAUCGAGCUCUAUCAGCCGGUGGUGGUGAGAAAGUUCUCACCAGGAGGUGGAAAAGUGAAAGUAACAUGGUGCUGGGAUGGCCUGCUCAGAGAUGAAGAUGCCUCAAAAUUACAAGCAGCUGUGCGAGUCCACAUCAUUGGCAAGUUGAGAGAUCGCGGCGAAGCGCUCCUGCGCGUUCUCACCUUGGCAGACCAGAAGGCGGUGGGGCUGAUGGCCUGUCAGAUGGAGACGUUGACGAGAAGGUCUGACAUUUGUGGUUGUGAUGGUGGGCCAGGAGGUAUGGGGCUGCAAGAGUUUGAUUUGGGCUUUGAUCAAAGGAGCUUGAAGAGAUUCUGGGGGAAUAAUGGAUCGGAGCUUGUGGAUCUGGUCACGAAGGUGAGCCGUUGCGUCACUCUGAGUGUCUACGAGCGCCCCACUGCUGUGAGCGAAAGCUACAGCAGAGGCUCCAAACAACACAUCAUCGCUUUGGGCACCCGAAAACAACGAUGGAUGGCUGCGGAGCUCUUGAGGAUGAUCGUGUACACCACCAUCGAGAAGUGGUUAGGCCGAGUUCCUGCCAAACUUGGUGGAGAAUGCUGCCUGCUGACUCUCCCAGGGCAGGCGUUGACACAGUUCUUUGGCUAUCGGCAGCGCCACUACCGAGACUUGAUGCAUGAGACCAACACCAUCAUUGUUCCGGUGCAACAAAACAAGGGUGGCAUCGAGAAGAAGGACAUCGACGAGGUGGAAGAUUUUAUCGCCAACAUGAUGGAGGCAGACGAUCCGUUUGAGAUUGCCAUUUUCGGGGAGCCAUUGGCGCAAAGCAUUGUGCUUGUGAAGCUGUAUGCCCUUGUGGAGAGAAAGGUGCCCGGCUUUGUGAUCCGCUCUGGCCAGUCAGAGGAGCAGAUCGAUCCAAGUGAUGGCGUUGGCAUCGACAAGAUCCGAUUAACCUUCGAUUUUCAGGAAGAUGCCACCAACAAGAAAGCUGAGAUUCUAUCGGAAGCUGCGGGCUGCUAUGCUGCUUGUAUCGGAAACCUGCUUUUAUUGGCAGGGCAUUUGAAGAACCGACAGCGUGCCAGAGAAUAUGCUCAGUUCUUAGCGCCAAAGCAGCGAACGACUGGAGGCAAAUUUCCCUACGUCCAUGACGUGGACGUGAGGGCCGACAUGAUGGCCACGUGGGUUCCGGAAGAUGCAAGCAAGUCCAAAUGGUUUAAAGACCGGUUAAAGUCUCUCAUGGAGGAAGGAAAGAUGUGCGCCUUCUUUGACGACUGCACCAACGACAAUGGGGAGCGACGCUUGAUCUUUGCGGGCAUCAGGGUGGAAAAUGAGGAGGAGAAAGAGGCUGUCAUGGAGGUGGUGACCAAGACCCAGGAUCUAGCGAAAGAUGCCGUCGAUUGGAUUCACGAGAGGUACAAGAGCAUUGACUCGAGCCAAGAAUGGUCAUCGUGGAAGCGCCGAAGGACGAUGGUUUCCAGCACCCUCACGAAGCAAGAGGAUAAGCCGUCCGAUCCCGUGGACAGUGAACACUGGAACCAAGGGCGGGAAGAGAACUCAAUGAGUUCGUCAAGCUGGUCCAGCUGGUCCAACUGGCAGAAUCCAUCCGAUGAGCCCACUUCGGCCUCCAGCGGGCUUCGUGUGCCUCAGACGCCUGCGGGCUUCGGGCCACAUGGCAACACAGCACCCCACACGCCCAUGCCUGCCGCUCGCGGCGCGCCACGGACGCCUGCGGGCUUUGGCCCUUAUGGGCUCUCGGCACCUCAAACACCUGCGCUACCCGCGGCAUCUGCGGCCGCAUGGCGCCCCAAGGAGCCCGACUCUCGGGCUGCUGUGCCACCACCGGCCACUCCAGCACGGCCUGCCCCUGCCAGCUACACCAGCCCCGAGUCCUUGCCGCAUGAAGCUUUUGGUUGGACCACGCGUGCGCCAGAUUCUUUUGCCGAGUGUGCGCUGGGCACUCUCUCAGCUGUCCUGUUGGUGCCUAGCUCAGUUCGCACAGCCGAUUGCUCUGGUCAGACUGGGCCUGGGCCUGGAAUCUUUGAUGAGUUGUGGAGAGCGCUUCUCCUAGGACCUGAUGCAGUCCCUUUGUACACACUGGGUACAUCCACAUGGCCGAUUGCAUCAAUGCUGGCCAAGUGGCAAUCCUACUGUGGAGAAGAUCCGGAUUUCAAGAUCGUCCGCUAUCGAACGUCCAGGCAGGAGGUGGUGCAAUUCCUCUCGCGGGCGGAGGAGGCCACCGAGGAACAUUUGAUGCCUCUUCUGUGGCAGCCGCGUGAGAAAGCUGGAGCAGUUGAAGUGAUGUUGGGCAUGUUUGUUGCCACCACACUGCGUCCAGCUCUCAACCUGAAAAAGCGGCCCACAUGCGGAGCCCGAGUUCGCGAGCACUUGCCCGGCAGUCAUGUGCGCGGAAGGUGCGACACUCAUGCUGAUCCGUUUGCUUGGCCCACCUGUGCCGCGAGACCCCUUGCAUCGUGCAUGGCCGAGCUGACCUCGCUGAUUGCGCAGACCUCUUUUCGAAAUCUCACGCGCGCACCUACGGUCUUCGCCGUCGUGGCUGUCUCCUACUUCAUCGCCUGGCGCUCGCAUGACACCUUCUUGGAGGUGAAGCAUGCCGAGAUCCGGAGAGUCCUUGAAGAAGGCCUUCAGAAGGUCAGUGGGUGCCAAACGGGAUGCGAUUUGCUGCAUCACUUCCAUCAGCAGGGUGAAGCUGCUCUUCGAACCUGGUGGCAGGCGCUGGUCGCUGCCCACGCUCCACUCUCUUUGGAAGCAACUUGGGCGUUGGCUCGUGUCCCAUCCCACUUUGCAGUGUCAAGGAGCAGGCGAGCGAAUGUGCCCUCAAGACCAGCUCCGGUCUUCGUGGUGGGGGGUGCUCAUGGCCCCAUCCAUGAACAAUGGAUUCUCCAUUUUCUGCAUCGGGCAGCUGAUUUGAAGUUGCGGCGCAUGAUCUUCGUCACUGCUGAGGUGGAAUGGUUGCUGACGUGCGAAGAUGUACGACAAAGCCGCCAAAGACUGGGCCAUUUGUUGUGCGUGCGCGUCGCGCAUCCAUUUGCCAAGCCUUUGCAUGACAAGGCGAAGUUCUACUUGUUUCCCCUACUCCUGUCGCUGGGCAUGGACAUCGUGUCGUUGGACUUGGACGUGUUUCUCUUCAAGGACCCAACGGCCAAACUCCUGGAUGCUGUCUAUAAGAAAGAUCCUUUGGACAUGGCUGUCAUGGACCACUUUGACGGAACCUGCUUGAAUGCCGGAGUCCUUGUGGUUCGAGCAAGUGACCGAGCACUUCUAUGGGUUUUGCAGUAUAUCCAAUGGAUGCAUGUCUACCCCUUCGGCUUGGACUCCUUUCUGAGAGGCUCGGUGGAACCGCAGUUGCCCGAGAAGUUGUUGAAUGUGUCCUAUGGUGUGCUUUCUUCGGACCUGGAGUUCGUGACUCUGGCAGGUUGGUCGGGAUCGUUGGAGAAGCAACGGCAUCGAGCUGUGCUGCUCCACUACACCUCCGCUACUUCGACAGGCCUCUCCCGGAUGGAAAAGCAGGCGCAGCUGAUGCAACUCUUCAAUGCCACGGCUCGUCGGCCCCACGAGAAGGAGCCAGAGCCGCGGCGGUUGCAGAUGGCCAAGUGGAAGGUCUUGCACCGCUUGAAGACCACCGCGCAGAGGUGGAAGACACCCUGCCACCUGGGCAUCCAUUCGACCAUCAAGCAACUCUUGGAGACUGGACUCUAUGCAGAGCUUCUGUCCUAG